CUUCUUGAGCACCGUGAGGUGAGCAGCUUUUUGUCCGCGCUCCUGCCUUGAUGGACGGGUGCUGUCAUGGCCCAAAGCUAAGGGACCAAGUGACCGUGAAUUGAAACCUCAGAAACUGGUCUGUGUCAAGAACGCCUCUUGAGGAGGAUCUUGGGGCAGCUGAGGCCAGAUACUUAAGCAGUUCAGAGAAUUCUGGAGGCUAAAGGACAGAGUUAGACCCCUUCACCCCCCAUCCUGGUGCUGGGGCUUGAACCCAUGACCUUGAUCAUGGUAGCUGCAAGGCAAAUGCUCUACUCCUGAGCUCUACUCACAGAGCCUGCUGCUCCCCGGGCCUGCGAUUCCCGCCCCGACCCCGACCUCGCCCUCGCCAGGGAGAUGCAGCCCUCAGGCCGGACGGCUGCCCAGGAGGCCACGGGCCGCGACGUGCUGGCCGCCGACCUGCGCUGCAGUCUCUUUGCCGCCGCGCUGCGCAGCUACAAGCGCGACUCGAUGCUGCGGCCCUUCCCUGCCGCCUACGCCCGCGGCGACUGCAAGGACUUCGAGGCCCUGCUUGCAGAUGCCAGCAAGUUGCCUAGCGUGAAAGAACUUCUCAAGUCCUCUGGAGAGGAAGACCAGUGGGCCUGGGACCUGGUGAGCUGGAUUUUGACCUCCAAGGUCCUGACAGUCCACAGCGCAGGGAAGACAGAGUUUGAAAAAAUCCAGCAGCUGACUGGUACUCCUCACACACCUGUCCCUGUCCCGGACUUCCUGUUUGAGAUCGAGUACUUCAACCCAGCCAAUGCCAAAUUUUAUGAGACCAAAGGAGAACGAGACCUAAUCUAUGCCUUCCAUGGUAGCCGCCUAGAAAACUUCCAUUCCAUCAUCCACAAUGGCCUGCACUGCCACCUCAACAAGACAUCCUUGUUUGGAGAGGGGACCUACCUCACGAGUGACCUGAGCCUGGCCCUCAUUUACAGUCCCCACAGCCAUGGGUGGCAGCACAGCCUUCUUGGCCCCAUCCUCAGCUGUGUGGCUGUGUGCGAGGUCAUCGACCAUCCGGAUGUCAAGUGCCAAAUCAAGAAGAAGGAUUCCAAGGAGAUAGACCGCAGAAGAGCGAGAAUCAAGCACAGUGAAGGAGGAGACAUCCCUCCUAAGUACUUCGUGGUCACCAAUAACCAGCUCCUGCGAGUGAAGUACCUGCUGGUGUAUUCGCUGAAGCAACCCAAGAGGGCUUCCAGCCACCUGUCCUGGGUUUCCAGCCAUUGGUUUGUGGUCAUGAUGUCCUUGUACCUGCUGCUGCUGCUCAUCGUGAGUGUCAUCAACUCCUCUGCUUUUCAACACUUUUGGAAUCGUGUGAAGAGAUAAUCUUUCUGGGGCCUGGUAUGGGGGCUGCCUCAGCCUUGUGCCUUAUGAUAGUUUGUUCUCUACCUCCUGUGCCUCACGUCCAGCCAGGUUGAGCCUAGGGAACAGUUGGGGGACCAUAGGACCAUUUUCUGAAUGCCAUAAAUGUACUGAUUGCCUUUGAUAAUGCUCCCAGCCACACUGUGGUCAGUGAGGAUCCCCGGCUCCUAGGGUUCAGAGGAGCCCUCUCCUCCACUCCUUCUUCAAGGGCCCUAGGGAGCUGGCUCUUCAGCCAGGGCCAAAGGAAAAGUCCUGCUGCAUUUAAAAACAGCGUCCAAGCGUCUGUGGCACAGCAUGUUUACAAUUGCUCCUGGCAGAGGUCACCCUCUCUCUAAUGCCUUCUGGAAGGCAGGACGCAUGGAGCAGGGACUGUAAAUCACUAGGUGGUUGCCUUGUUUUGACUUGAGACUCUGAAGAGGGACAGUCCUGUUUCUCAUAAAGAAAUCAGUGGGAUUAUUUUUGGAUUCCAUCAGCUUUUGUAUGUGUGUGGAAAACAUUUUCACAGUUUUCUCAAAUCAACAAACAGCCUCCUGCUACAGCUGGAUCUUCCCUCCCCGAACCAUGGUUAAGAAUGGAAAGAGUCAGCGGCCUGAUUUAAAAAAACAAAAAAAACAGACUUAACAAUGAGCAACUCCAGUCGUAUUUUUCUAAAAAUUACCAACUGCUGAUUACAGCCGAAAUGGAACCAAAUGUUUGUUUUCUGAUUUUUUUUUUAAAUAGCUAUUUGACAAAUUAAUCUUUGUGAGUGGAGUAAAAGGGGGAAAUUUCUAAACUUAGAGCACCAUUUGGCCAGGAUCCACAGCCUCUUUGGUGGCUGUGUUUUAUUUGUUUUGUUUUAUUUUUUGGUACCGGGGAUCGAACUCAGGUCCUUGCGCUUGCAAGGCAGGUGGCGGAAAACUGAGCUAAAUCCCUGGCCCUCAGUGGCUGUGUUUUAGAGAGAGAUUGCUGAGCUGCAGGCUCGCUCCUGUUCUCCUUCUCAAAAAGCUGCCUUGAUGUGGCCUGCCAACCACAAGUGUCAUGCUGCUGGACUUCAGGGCAGGACGUGCCACAGAGCCAUGGGUGGAGCUGCCCCCAGGGGAGUCAUGGUCCUGUGGACACAGCCUGGCUUGGCAUUCUCCAGCCUCUUUUCCCUGGUGGGUUUCAGCCCUAAUAGAUCCCUGACCAGUGUGGAGAUGGGAUUUUUAGAAAGAAUAAGGGAGAAAUAAUUUUUUUCUAUAAUUUGUAAAGUUGUGGAAAAGCCACUGUCACGCUUUUUACAUUGAAUAUUGGAAUAUUUCAGAAAUAAUAAAGGUAUUUUCCUAAUUA